GAACGAUAGAGUGGGGUUAGACAGGACGUACUUUUGCUCGUCGCCGUCUUUAUCAUUCUUCCUCAUUGAAUUCGUGGUCCGGUUGACGGGCUUUCAACGUAUCAAGAUGGCUCUUCUAUCUCUACGUCUGGCCUCCUCUUUGGCGAGGCAAUUGCCAAAUGCUACGAUUCAGGUCAAUUGGCCUGCUGUCACAGUUACAUCUCGUAAAUACCAUGUAUCCUGUAGUCGUCGUUCUGCAGAAAUCUCUUCCAUUCUGGAAGAACGUAUCCUUGGCUCUGCUCCAAAGGCUAAUCUUGAAGAAACAGGCAAGGUACUUAGCAUUGGUGAUGGUAUCGCUCGUGUUUAUGGUUUAAAGAAUAUUCAGGCAGAUGAGAUGGUGGAAUUCAGUUCAGGUCUAAAGGGUAUGGCUUUGAAUUUGGAACCUGAUAAUGUUGGUGUUGUCGUCUUUGGUAAUGAUAGGCAUAUCAAGGAAGGAGAUGUUGUAAAACGUACUGGAGCUAUUGUGGAUGUUCCUGUUGGGGAAGAAUUAUUAGGACGUGUUGUUGAUGCUUUGGGUAAUCCCAUUGAUGGUAAAGGACCAUUAAACAGCAAACUGAGAUUCCGCAUUGGUACCAAAGCCCCAGGUAUCAUUCCUAGAGUAUCCGUAAGGGAACCUAUGCAAACUGGAAUCAAGGCUGUAGAUUCUUUGGUACCUAUCGGUAGAGGACAGCGUGAAUUGAUUAUUGGUGACAGACAAACUGGAAAAACUGCCCUUGCCAUUGAUACUAUUAUCAAUCAAAAACGUUUCAAUGAUGGUGGUGAAGAAAAAAAGAAAUUAUAUUGCAUCUAUGUUGCUAUUGGUCAAAAGAGAUCUACUGUUGCUCAAAUUGUCAAACGAUUGACUGACAGUGGAGCUAUUAAUUAUACUAUUAUCGUUUCCGCCACCGCAUCUGAUGCUGCUCCCUUACAGUAUUUGGCACCGUAUUCCGGUUGUGCCAUGGGAGAAUUCUUUAGAGAUAAUGGAAAACACGCUUUAAUUAUUUAUGACGAUUUAUCGAAACAGGCCGUUGCCUACCGACAAAUGUCUUUGCUACUAAGGAGACCACCAGGUCGCGAAGCUUACCCUGGUGAUGUAUUUUACCUUCAUUCGCGUCUUUUAGAGCGAGCUGCUAAAAUGAAUGAAAGUUUAGGUGGUGGUUCUUUAACUGCAUUACCUGUCAUUGAAACUCAAGCUGGUGAUGUAUCUGCCUAUAUUCCAACCAAUGUCAUUUCUAUUACUGAUGGUCAAAUCUUCUUGGAAACUGAAUUGUUCUACAAAGGUAUCCGACCAGCUAUUAAUGUUGGUCUGUCUGUAUCCCGGGUCGGAUCUGCUGCUCAAACCAAGGCCAUGAAGCAGGUUGCCGGUUCUAUGAAAUUAGAAUUGGCUCAAUACCGUGAAGUAGCUGCUUUUGCACAGUUCGGAUCUGAUUUGGAUGCUGCAACUCAACAAUUGUUGAAUCGUGGCGUGAGAUUGACUGAGCUUCUAAAGCAAGGACAAUAUGUGCCUAUGGCAAUUGAAGAACAGGUUGCAGUUAUCUACUGUGGUGUCCGCGGUUACCUUGACAAAAUGGAACCAUCGAAAAUUACUGCCUUCGAAAAAGAAUUCCUUGCUCAUAUUAGGUCUACACAACAAGAUCUCCUAGGUACUAUUGCAAAGGAAAACACCAUCAGUGAAGCAUCUGACGCUAAGUUAAAGAAGGUUGUCACUGACUUCCUUGCAUCAUUCUCAUCGUAAAUGAUUGUUAAACAUAUUUAAGUAUCAGUAUAGACAAUUAAAUGAACAUUCUUUACUAAGCAAGUUCAGUGCACAGGUGAAAUACAUUGAUAUAAAAAGUGUCACCAAUGUAUAUCGUCUGCUUAUGAUAAAUGUUAUUAACAAUUCCAAGUCCAUACAAUAAAUGCGAUAGUCAUAAUAGACGAUAGGAAAAUAUAAUUUCAGUAUAAAUUAACUUACUAUUUCUGUUAUGAUUUAAAUAUACUUCUCUUGAGAAAUAUUUACGAAA